AUGGCGCAUAAACUAGCCGCAUGGAUUAUUCACAUACGAGGAGAACAAUUUGUAACAUCUCUGGAGAAUAGUGCAAUCGGUGAAAGCGUCUCCGAUAGCUUCCUCAACCUAACAGAGUUCCGCGAUCGAUAUGCAACACCCAACCAAGCAGGAGACGGAGAACCCAUUGAGGGACCACGGUGUGUUCAUGGCCCGGAAGCGUGGCUAGAGGGAUUGAGACAGAAAGGAUGGACACUUGCUACCAUACUCAUCAUCCUGCUUGCCGCUCACAGAUGCGACACAACAGCAUCCCUACUAGGUCAAGGUGACAACCAGGUGAUCGUGCUUAGAAUUCCUUCUCAACGAUAUGUUCAAGAGCGAAAGUUACCACCAGACGAGUAUACUAAACAGUUUCUCAGAGUGCUUGAGGACAUCUGCACGGCGUCCGGGAUAGUGAUCAAGGUACCUGAAUCAUGGAGGUCCAGGAGGUUAUUGGAGUACGGCCGACGCUACUAUUUGGAUGGUGUUUAA